AUGAGUUACCACACGGGCGCCACCUUCGUCCCUGGGGGAGAUGAUUCUUACUACAUGCCAGAAAUUAUACAGCCAACACCAAACAGAGUACAUGAGCUGCCAAACAACAUACAACAUAAUGUAGCUCAGAUGGAGCAAGCUGCCUCUAAUCCCACCUCUGCGAAUUCUGCCUACUCAGGAUCAGUCUACUCUCCCCAGUCGGCCGAAUAUAUGCAGGGUGGCACGCAAUCAUGGGCGCCGCCGCAAGCCCCUCACGCGAACGUCCAAGGGUAUGAUCAGAGGGCGCUUCAGGACAACCAAACCGAAGCAUACAGGCAAGAUAACCUUUACCCCGCCAGAACGACCUCGAUGGCCCCGACGGAACAGCCAAACUUCUCUCCGUUCCCUAUGCUCCGCAACCCGCCUCCCAAUAUCCCGCCAACCGAUGAACAGAAAGAAGCCACACUAGAAGCCGCAAGGGCUGCUGUGCUCAACUGCAAUGACCCUGAUACUCAGCUGACGUGGGCACAAGACGCGUUGUCAUAUGUUGAGAUAUGCCUCCAAAACGAGGAAAGAGUUGCUCUGGCACAGGCACCCCGAACAAGGACGCCUCGCAUUGAGCACGUCCUUAGGGAAGACGCUAUCAAGAUCGUCAGCUUUCUUGCCGAUCAACACCAUCCCAAGGCCGAGUUCAUGAGGGGCAUGUGGCUUGAAUUUGGCAAAUUCGGACACAGGGUUGACAAGAAAGAAGCAUUCUAUUGCUACACAAGAGCUGCGGAGAAAGGGUAUGUUCGUGCGGACUACCGCAUUGGAAUGCAGUUCGAAUCUUCAAACGAUGCAUUGAAGGCAAUUCGGUACUAUCAGAAAGGCGCGGAUGCUGGAGAUUCAGCCGCCUGCUACAGGCUAGGAAUGAUGACACUCCUUGGCCAGCAUGGACAGCCACAGAACUUCGAACGUGGUCUCAACCUCAUAUAUAUGUCGGCCCAGACAGCAGAUGAAAAUGCCCCGCAAGGUGCCUAUGUCUUCGGCAUGCUCCAAGCGCAACAGAUGCCACAAAUCCAGAUUCCGGAUCAGUUUUUGCCCAGGGAUAUUGCUGGAGCCAAGAUGAACAUCGAAAAGGCUGCGUACCUGGGAUUUGCCAAAGCCCAAGUGAAGAUGGGGGCUGCAUAUGAGCUUUGCGAGCUGGGCUGCUCCUUCGAUCCUGCUUUGUCCUUGCAUUACAAUGUCCUCGCCGCAAGACAGGGCGAACCGGAAGCAGAAUUGGCCAUCAGCAAAUGGUUUCUUUGCGGCCACGAGGGUCUUUUCGAGAAGAAUGAGGAGGUCGCCUUUACGUAUGCGCAGAGAGCAGCUCUGUCUGGGUUUCCGACAGCCCAAUUUGCGUUGGGCUAUUACUAUGAGGUCGGCAUAUACGUCCCGGUCAACUUCGAGCAGGCCAAGGAGUGGUAUCGCAAGGCAUCACAAAGCGGUAAUCAAGAUGCUACAGGAAGGAUCGAUGCUAUCUCUAGGUCAAAGACCCUCUCUCGAAAAGACCAUGAAAGUGUCGCACUCAAGAAGAUCCGGCAGCAACGUGGCUCGAUGAUUGGAGGAACCGAUGUGCCUUCCGUUCCCGCGAUGCCAACCUUGUCAGAAGAAGCUGAGGCUGAUCAGCUCGAAAUGCCGGAUCCUUCUCGAUUGUCGCUCAACAGUCAGAGAGCACCUCCAGCCAGGCCUGGUAGCGCCGCCCCUUACCCCACUGGACCUCCGAAUAUGCCGUCUGUGAAUCAAGGUCCGGAUAUUCGACCCCCAUCGGCCUUCGGCAUAAACCCCAACCUUCGACCGACCUCGGCCGCGGCCAUGGGAGCCCCACGACCUGAUUCAUAUGGCUCUCCCCCAUCUAACAUGCCUCCUCAGCAGCGGCCUUAUUCUAACCCUGGAGGGCCCGGUUACCCUGGUCCUGGGUAUGGCCGUGGAGGACGCAUGCCAUCAGGAGGACCCCCGCCUCAGGGGCAAGGAAUUCCUACUAUCAGGCCACCAUCAAGACCUAACAGCUCCUCACCAUACCUUGGGCCAGGUCCGCACCCAGGAGGUCAGUCACCACCCGCAAAGAUUGAUAUUGGCUUUUCCGCUCCUCUCGAGCCAGAGAGAAGACCUCGACCUCAGCAACAACAGCCAAAUGGGCCUCCCCUGCCGAACCCUAACAACCCUCCACGUGGGUCCCCAAGGCUUCAACAAGGCCCUCCCUCGCAAGGUCGUCCAGGUCCCAAUGCUGGUGGAUACGGUGGCAUGCCUAACCCCAAUGUCCGGCCUCCCAACAAUCAAGUACAAGUACCACCGAAUGUCAAGCCUGCAAAUCUCCCACCUUCCAAACCCGAUGCGAGUGCACCCAUUGGUGGGGGACCACCUUCUAAACCGAGUACUGUUCCAGCAAAUGCGGCACGACCUCCUGGAAAGGGGCCCAAGACAUUCGAUGAGAUGGGCGUUCCCCCAGGGAAGGACAAGAGCGAAUGUGUUGCAAUCGACACGAACGUGGCUCGUGAAAACAGUCGUCCUUCCCACGAUCUCAAAAACGUCCUGUGCUGGACAAUCUACAAGACUCCAACCAUGGCGCUCGAUGCAGUAACGAAACUCUCAAUCGCAGAGAUGUCAAUUUACAUCCCUCUCCUCCUCCCCACUGGGUUGCUGUUCUACAGACAUGGUCGACGCGCACUUGCAGCGUUUUUCUUCCUUGCUGCCUUCGAGAUACUUCGCAUUGUCGCCUCAGGCAUUCAAAUCGGCAGUCAUAACGAUCCACACCCUUCUACAUCCGGGGCAAUUGUUUCCUCCAUUGGCCUUAGUCCUUUGCUGAUUGCUACUGCCGGCUUUCUGGCUUUGCUGAAGGGCUACUACGCAACGUCGAACAGCAGUCGGUUCACAACUUUGAUUGAAGAGGUGGCUAUCCAUGUUGGCGCAAUUACUGGCAUUGCACUCCUCGCGACUGGUGGGGCGAAGCUCGGGGGUGACCUCCACAGCCAAGCAGACGUUGAAUCGGCCUAUACAUUCCUUGAAGCUGGUGCCGUGAUCCUCCUGAUCACAUGGAUUACAGUCUCGUUCCUCUGCGGUCAACUUUACCUCAAGCUUCGAAAGCACCGAGCUGCUGCAUCUCUGAUGAUUCUGGCAUGCAUCUUCAUUGGAGUGAGAGCAAUCUACAGCGUGGUGUACGCUUUUGAUCAUGCCCAAUCGCUGAGUCCAUUUACGGGCACAUUUGCUGUCAAAUUCGUCUUCACAUUCUUGGCACAACUCAUCGCAGCUUUGUGUCUGCUGGCCGUUGCGUUUGUGACGCGCAAUAUAUUGAGCGACCACGGACUGGAUGUUCGGGCCCAGGGACGGAGGGUUCGACAUCCGCGCCAACACAGUCGGGGCGCUUCGAUCCCACUCACGUCGGGUUCUUCCAAAUGA